UCGUCAUCAUCAUCACCAUCAUAAUCACCAUCAUCAUCGUCAUCAUCAUCAUCAUCAGCAUCAGCAUCAUCAUCACCAUCACCACCAUCAUCAUCACCAUCAUCAUCGUCAUCAACAUCAUCGUCAUCAUCAUCGUCAUAAUCAUCAUCACCAUCAUCAUCGUCAUCAUCAUCAUUACCAUCACAAUCGUCACCGUCAUCAUCAUCAUCAUCAUCAUCACCAUCAUCAUCAUCACCACCAUCAUCAUCACCAUCAUCAUCAUCAGCACCAUCAUCAUCAUCAUCAUCACCACCAUCAUCAUCGUCAUCAUCAUCGUCAUCAUCAUCACCAUCAUCAUCGUCAUCAUCAUCAUCACCAUCAUCAUCGUCAUCAUCAUCAUUACCAUCACAAUCGUCACCGUCAUCAUCAUCAUCACCAUCAUCAUCAUCACCACCAUCAUCAUCACCAUCAUCAUCAUCAUCAUCAGCACCAUCAUCAUCAUCGUCAUCAUCAUCAUCAGCACCAUCAUCAUCAUAACCAUCAUCAUCAUCAUCAUCAUCAUAAUCGUCAUCAUCAUUAUCAGCACCAUCAUCAUCAUCGUUAUCAUCAUCAUCACCACCAUCAUCAUCAUCACCAUCAUCAUCGUCAUCAUCAUCAUCAUCACAAUCGUCACCGUCAUCAUCAUCAUCACCAUCACCAUCAUCAUCAUCAUCACCAUCAUCAUCAUCAUCAUCACCAUCAUCAUCACCAUCAUCAUCGUCAUCAUCAACACCAUCAUCAUCACCACCAUCAUCAUCAUCAUCAUCAUCAUCGUUAUCAUCAUCAUCACCACCAUCAUCAUCUUCAUCAUCACCAUCAUCAUCGUCAUCACCACCAUCAUCAUCACCACCAUCACCAUCGUCAUCAUCACCACCAUCAUCAUCGUCAUCAUCACCAUCAUCAUCAUCACCAUCAUCAUCAUCACCACCAUCAUCAUCACCAUCAUCAUCAUCAUCAUCAGCACCAUCAUCAUCAUCAUCACCACCAUCA